CAAUUUUAAUGAAUUUGCUCGCGCAUUUUUUUCCGCCGUCUUUGCUUGUUUGUUGAAGCCGCAUAAAAAAAAUCUAUAAAUUUUUGCUAAAAAUUAUUGCAAAUAAUUAAUUCGUGAAGUUAAAGAAUUAUAUAAAUAAAUACUAUAAAAAAUAACAGUGUCUAGUGCAAAAACAAAUUGUUAAAGCCAAAAAUAUAACAAAGCAAACAAAAAAACUUAAAAGAAAAAUACAUACAAAAAAAACUAAUUUAUAGACGCAGAACACAUUAUCAAAGCACUAAACUUUAAACAAGAAAAUACAUAAUAAAGCAAAACAUUUUUCUUGCUAAAGUAAAACUAAAAUAGUAAAAAACAAACAAAUCUUCAACUAGAGUUCUUCGCAGACCAGACCACUUGUUUAAUUCACUAUGACAAAAAGAAUGAAAAUGAAACGUGAUAAUCAUGAUGAUGGUCCCCAUUCCGAUAAACGUAGCCGUCGUAGUGACGACCAAGUUCGUGUGUUAAUACCCAGUAAUAUUGCCGGUGCUAUUAUAGGCAAAGGAGGCCAACACAUACAAAAAAUGCGAACACAGUAUAAAGCCACUGUGUCUGUCGACGAUUCCCAAGGCCCUGAACGUACCAUUUUAAUAUCGGCUGAAUUAGAUGCCACCAUGUCUAUUAUAACCGAAAUGUUGAAAUACUAUGAAGAUCGCGAUAAUGAGUACGAUGUGCGUUUGUUGAUACAUCAAAGUUUGGCGGGCUGUAUUAUUGGCAAAGGUGGCCAAAAAAUUAAAGAAAUUCGUGAUAAAAUUGGCUGUCGCAUUUUGAAAGUAUUCUCCAAUGUUGCUCCCCAAAGUACUGAUCGCGUGGUCCAGACUGUGGGCAAACAAAGCGAGGUAAUCGAUGCCAUACGUGAAGUCAUUUCACUGACCAGAGAAACCCCCAUUAAGGGAGCAGUCCAUAAUUACGAUCCCUUGAAUUAUGAUCGUAUGUAUGCCGAUGAAUAUGGCGGUUAUGGCAAUAUACCCGGCAGCAGUCGUCCGUCACGAGAUGGUCGUCGUGGCGAUAGAGAUGGUGACUUUGGUCGUGGUGGCGGCGGCGGUGGUGGUCGCAAUGAUCGCAGUCGUAGCGGUGGCCGCAGCCGUGAUAACAAUCCCUUUAUAAAUCCUUGGGCCAAUGAUGAUGGCGGCUUCGGCAAUGGUGGUGGCGGUAAUGGUGGAGGUUUUGGAGGCGGUAACUUUGGUGGCGGCGGCGGCGGUGGUUUCGGUGGCAAUAACUUUGGUGGUGGCAGUAAUAGCGGUUUUGGCGGCAACGGACCCAUGGGUGGCAAUAAUUUUGGCGGCAAUAACGGCGGAGGCUUUGGCAAUCAGGGCGGUUUUGGUAACAAUGGAGGCUUUGGUGGCGGCGGUGGCGGCGGCGGUUUUGGCAGCGCUGGCAAUCAAGGUGGUGGUUUCGGUGGCAAUAUGAAUCAAGGUGGUUUCGGUGGCCCCUCUAACAUGGGCAAUGGCAUGGGAGGACCCUCGGGUUCUGGCGGUUUUGGUCCUACAAAUAAUGUUUCCAAUAAUAAUAUUACCGGCAACUUACCCGAAGGUCAUGACCCCAAGAACAGCACACAAGUUUCCAUACCUAAAGAUUUGGCUGGUGCUAUUAUUGGCAAGGGUGGCGGCCGCAUUAGACGUAUCCGCAACGAAUCUGGUGCUUAUAUUACCAUCGAUGAACCCUUGCCCGGUUCCACUGACCGCAUUAUUACCAUUUCCGGUAAUCCCAAGCAAAUACAAAUGGCCCAGUAUUUGCUACAACAGAGGUUGGUGUCAAACAAAGCCUAAACAAAAUGUGCAGGAUAACCAACGUAAUAAUUAUUAAAAAAGCUAUUCCUUAAUAACAACAACAACCACAACAACAAAAGAAGAACAACAUAGUUAAGUAAGCUCCACCAAAAUAUCCAUCCCCUGCUAAAUGAUAGAGAAAGAGGAGAUAGAGUAGAUAAUUAGUUUCUACUAACUACUACUCCAAGGAAACAAGAAAUGAAUACAAAUUCUAUCUUGAUAAUUAUAAAAUAAAUACAAAAUAAAUAAAAUAAAAACAAACACAUAAUACAUAAAUAAUAAUAAUAAAACAACAAGAACCACAACAACAAAACAAUUUAAGUUAAAAUUCUAUCCCAAUAUUUUCUUCUAAUUAUUAUUUUUUCAAAUUAUAAUUUUUUCUCUUUCCUUAAUUUAUGUUUAAGUUAAUUUUAUUUAAAAAACAAAAAAUAAUAUGAAGAAAUAUUAUUUCAAUUCUAAUUGUAAUGAAUGUAUGUCGCUUAUAAACAAACAACCAAACAAAGCAAAACAAAUUAUACCUUCAUUCUUUAAUUAUAUUUUAUAAUAUAAUAUAUUAUAUCGUUUUGUAUAAUUUUCUAAACAAACUAAAUAAAUAAAUAAACGACAAACACCAGCCCACCAUCAACUAAAAACCGGCGCUUUUCUUUAGCAAUUUUAUCAAAAUAUGUAAUUAAACAUUUCAUUAUUUGUAUUUUUUAUGUAACAUAAUUAUAUUAUCAUAAUUGAUUUUGUUAUAAUAAUAAUGAAAUUAUAGAAAAUUAAUACAGAAUUCAAUAAAUGGAGCGAGCGCCUAUUAAAUAUACCAAAAUAUAAUGUAUACUUAUACUAAAAAAGAAAAUCUAACAUCCAAUAUACAUAUACAUAUGUACGUACAUAUUAUACUACAAUAUAUAUUUUAAUUAAACAUCCAGUCGUUAAUCAAGUCAAAUAUUUAAUAACAAAAUACAGACACAAGAACAAAAACAUCAAAUUUUAUUUUUAAUUUGUCUGAGUUUUUUUUUUUAUUUAGUACAGCUUAAUUUUUAAGUUUAUACUAAAACAUAAAAUUUCUUUGACAAAAAAAAAACAAAACCAUUAUUUACAAUAUGUCAUUUAAAAUUUGAAAAGGCUAAAUUUAGUACGAUAAAAAAAAGAAAUGAAAAUUAAAAUGUAUUCCAUUAAUUUUUAUGUAUUUUGGUAAAGUUUAAUUAAGUUAAAUUUUUACUUUUGACUUUAUUGUAAACAAAAAAAAUUAAAAAAAUUAAAUAAGAAAUAAAAAAAUAAAAUUUGAAGAAAAAAA